AUGACGGAUGAAAUCUCAGAAAGGGGCGUGCGCCGAGGACCUAUUCUCGCAAAUCUACAACAACAACUCCAAGGUAAUCCCCCUACAGAUUCCGGCGAGGCCAACUUACGAACCUCUUUCAAUCGCUUCUUUAAACGAAAUGAA